AUGGUGUUAGGAAAGGGUCGGAAGGACCCUUUAAAAUCCAAGUGGAUUUUACUGUCUGUGAUUUUGGCGUCUGGUGUACUAGAUGUCGUUGACGCCCAAGCAAGGCUUAUGUUUCCUAUUGGCCGUUCCAGUAGAUGGCGGGAACAAUGGGACGCCCCUGAAAACUUUGAGGACCAUCUGGUCAACUGUGGUGGCAUGUAUAUGGACUAUUUCGAGGUAGAUCUUAUGUGCGGGGUCUGCGGUGACAACUUGACGGUGAUAGAUGGAGCGCACAUGUACAUGAUCAACCAGAGUUACCCGAACGAGGCCGGGGGAAUGUACGCAACUAGCAGGAUAAGCGCCACAUUUAAUGUCUCCGACGAACUCGUGGCCAUCGUCGAAAUAAUGGCGUCAAGGAAAGGCUAUAUCGAAUUUCACGUCUGCCCAAAUAACAAUUUCUCCGCUCCGGCCACAGUGGAAUGUAUGAAUGAUCAUCCACUCCUGCCUUUGAAUGGGACGGUGGUUGGUUAUAAGUGGUACGUCCCCGAGACGGACAAUACCGCCCAUGGAUAUUACCAUAUACCUCUUCAGCUCCCGGAGGGACUAAAAUGUGCUCAGUGUGUCUUCAGGAUGCGAUGGCGGACAGGGUCUAACUGGGGAGAAGAAGGCAAUAAUUACGGGCUAGGGUACGGUGCUCAGGAAUAUUUCUUCGCAUGCAGCGAUAUUCAGAUCGGGGAAGGAUUUACGGAAGAGGAACUUCGCAGGAUGUACACGGUAAAUCCAGACAGACAAGGAUACAAGAGGGAUCCCUACAAGGCUCACAAGGAAAAGACUUCCCUGGGCUCUGGGACUCAUGUGUACGAUAAAACAUCAAGGAAUACUUCUACAUCCUACAGUCGGAUAGAAGGCGCGACGACGAUUGUGACAGGGCAGCCACAGCCAGGAAACCAGGGUGUAGAGACACAAACUCAGGGAUACGACAAGGAUAAAAAUGUUUACACACCUACCGCAGGUGUACUUAGAACAAAUCAACAGCAACAAACAGAUAAGCCCAGUCCUAGUGCAACAGCGCGCCUUAUACCAAGGAUAACUGUUUUAUCGGGUGUUGUUUCAACACAACCAAACGGUCCACCGAUACGUUCAGCACCUACGACUGAACCUGGCGGUUCAGGAAGACCGACCCAAAAAGUGCAGAAAAAGACCUCAACUGAUGCUGUAACUAAAAGGUAUGAUAAAGACCAAAAUGUGUACAGUCCUACCUCUGGUGUGUCGGAAGCCAACAAAAUACCGAUAACUGACAAAGUGGACUCACUGAUUCCAGCAGCUCGUAGCAAAAUGGGUACAGCAGCAGCUUCGACGACAGAAACCGACAGUGUUAAAGAUGAAAUGACAACGCCUAAGCAACAAACUGGUGGGAAAAGUACUGGGGUUGUACUGGGGUCCUCUGUAAAAUAUGAAAAAGGAAAUGGGGACUACACACAGACAUCGUCUCCUCCACAGCUUGGGACCGACAAUUCGGGAGCUACUUCUGUAAAGAAAAGUAUUGGUGACGGUGCGACGGAAGUGAAUAAAAUUACAUUAGAAAGUACGCGGCCGCCAACUGCAAGCGUGGAAAAGACGCAACCAUUACCUGACAGGAAACCAUCGGAAUAUGAUCAGGAUAAAAAUGUGUAUGUACCUACUGCUGGGUUGGACAGAAGUAGUAACGUGUCUGGGGCAACGACAUCGUCUUCUAGCCCUGCUACAGAUAAACGUGUCACAGAUCCAUCGGGAAGUGGAAGAAGAAGCCAAACGGACGUGACGUAUAUGACACCGCCUUCAUCAGGUAUGCACACAAAGGGUGUCGUCACCGGGUAUAACAAGGAACAAAGUGCUUAUAGACCUACCGAUGCUCCGUCUGUUACAAAGCAGCAACGACCUGGAACUAUCCUUCCCCUGGAAACAGGUCCCACGAGACCCUGGGUCAUUACCAAUACAGCUGUGGGCACAAGCGAUCAGAGAUCAGCUUCGGAAUCAGUAACAGUAUUCGCGCAAAAUGGUGAAAGGUCGACCGGUGAUAGAAAGGUUCAGGAACAGAAGGAAAUCAACACACAUGCUACUUCUGGUGUUGUUGGAGAGGAAAAUGCUCCCUCUGGUCGGACUGUGUACCCUAGACAAGGCGAAGAGUCUUAUAAGACGACAGCUCCUGGACAAACUGAAGCUUCUUCAAAAAAAUUGUUCCCAGGGACAUCUCAAGGUAUUACAAAGACAGACGACCCAUCACACACAACAGGGGCUCCACCAAACUUCAAAAUCACAACAAAAUCACCCAUGUCAAGAACAGAAAAGAACCCGAUCCCGACCAAAUCUGAUGGGACUACACCCUUUGAGAGCGUAAAAGUGGAAAUGACAACCGUUAGGCCGUUGGAGAUGCCCACAACGGGUAAAUCGUCCAUUGGACCCAAGUCAGAAGGAUCACCUUCUGCCGGCACGAGUACAUCAGUUGGGCAAAGCAAUAUUUCAGGGCCAAAGGCUCCUGCGUCUGCCCAGGUAACACCGUCAUCAGAAAACACAUACGCCAGCCAUGGCUAUAAUAAAUCUAAGGCUGUGUACGGCAGGAUUUCAACAAAUGGAAUUGACGGUGUGGACAAAAUUACUGAAUCUUCUAAGGCAAGCUCGGAGAAAGGAAAAGGGCAGACUGGAAGUGGUCCAUCCGUAACAGGUAGUAAUCAAGUCCAGGGAGUGACUCAAAUAGUCAGUCAGGGAAAAGUUGAUGCAACAACACAGUCAUUAUCGUCAACAGUUGGCGGGACGCCAAAGGUCGCAACAAGAUCUUAUCAAAAUGGCGAAGGAAAUACAAAAUACCACACAAAUGGCGGUGUGGACAAAACAAAGGAAUUGUACACAGGCAGAAAAACGCUGGUAAGCACAAACACGAAACCACAGACUACAAGAAGUGGUCAUAGCACGAUGUCACCAUCAGGAAGUUCGGCAGGACAAACGGUUGGCAGAGGAAAUGUCCAAAACAUGUAUACAGGAGCGUCUACUGGCAUGAAAUCAGAUUCAACCCAAUCCAAUGCUAACACCCCAGGCGGUCAGCAAGGGAUUCAUCCUACAAUGUCUAAGACCACAGCAGGUGCUGGGAAUGGUAUGACAGUAGCGUCCACGAACACACAAGGGACUGCAAUGGGGUCAGUGACGUCUACGCCCUCUCCCACAGCAGACAUUUUUUCCUUACCUCCUCCACCGCAGACAAAGUUCAUAAUACCGUUUUCUACAAGGAUGGUUACUACAAGAAUGGUUGUUACGAAAAGCAAGUCACCUGGUACUGAGUAUAAUCGCAAUUUAGGUGGCAGUACAAAACCAUACACACCGCCUGUUGGAAGUAACACACCCGAGGAGUAUCAUGGUAACAAAACGUCUACCGUUCUGGUAAAGGCUUCACCAGAAGCAGGAAACAAAGGCCGAACAGGAGGACCGCCCGAAACAGGGAAGCAAAGAAAAUUGCACACUGUAGAAGCCAGUCGUGGUGGAUCUGGAGUUGUCGGGCGAAUUCUGGAGCCGGCGGAAACACUUGAUCCGUCUACAACACUAUCAGUACAGACAAACAACGAACAGACACCAGGAUCAGGAGACACUCCUCCUGCACAGUAUCAAGGAGGGAUGACAGAGAGAGUAGCUACAGGUUUAGUGACAUACUCACCAAAACAGAGAACAGACAUCAACAGAAAACCAACACGUUUGCCCAAAAUAGUAGAGCAGGGACCAACAGAUAUUCCUCCUCCGGAUGUUACCGACGUUUCUCAGCGUGGUGGACAACAAAGCAAAAUGACAAAAGACUACAACAAACAACAAGGAAAUACACCUUACACUGAACAAAAGACUGGAGUUACUUAUUCGACUAACGAUGGUACGAUGUCUACGUCACCUCCAGCGCCCGUGUCCUUGCAGAACCUUUCGACUAGCAGACCGAAGUAUCAAACAAUAUACCCGGUACCAGCAGGGGCACCGACCACCGCUCCACCACAAUUUGGUCGAGUAUAUGGUACUACGUUUAGGGGGCAGAAAACAGUCAUUAUUCCGGGUUACACCACGGGAUCACCAAGGACAAGCCAAGGCCAAAACCAAGGCCAGGCAACCAUUGAUCGAUCAAGAAUAAAAGCAUCGACAACUUUAACAGCCAUACUAUCUUUGCAAGGAGAAACAACUGUCUCAUCACACGGUCACGAGGGGACUUCGGAUUACGGCAAAGAAAGCGGAUCGACAUACGACGUUAAUAAAACGACUCCUCUUGCAAUAAAUUCGGGGCAGAGCUCUGCCAAUAGUAUCUCUCAAGCAACAAACACUCCGCAGAAAAGUGAGCAAACGGGUGGAUCUGUCGGUCAAGGUGGGGCGUCGUCUGGCUCUGAUGCAAUUUCAGGACAAACCACGGCAACAACGGAUCCCCAAGCUAUGAGACAAAGCAGUAUCACCACCCGUGAGUCCAAUCAAGGCGUGGUCAACACUGUUCCACAACAAGGUUCUGUUAAAACUAGCCAGAACAAGACAGUUUAUGCCCUGAAUGGAGAUGGCAAAAACUCCAGUUAUGACCGUGAAACGUCGACUUCCCCUGACACGAUUACAUCUGUUGACAGCGCGGUCGACAGCAAGCAAGGUAUUUUGGUUACUAGAACAAUUACACAAGAAAUUGGCUCUCGGGUACCCGGACAAGAGCAGAUUUCAACUGUUUCAAAUCAGGGACAAGCUACAACAACAGGUAGUAAGAGGACAUCGGUUCAAAUUCAGCUAUCAAAAGCGCCGGAGGGCGGUGCACAAAACCUUGGACCUGUUACAGUUAGAUCUACUCCUGUACCUGAACAGGUCACAGAGUCCACCAUUUCGGUCGAAACUUCCGGUCUAGGCCAAACAACCGGUCCUGAUCAAUCUACCGCGUCAGUUCAAGAAAUAAUACCUGCGGUACAGGGACAAGCCUCUACAGCAACGACUGGAUCUUUGCAGACAGGCGAAGUUAGCAAUUCUCCAUCCUUGAGAGAAAAUAACAGAAGACAAUCUCCACCUCCAGGUAGGGGUGAGCAAACAGCGCGCACAACUUCCCAACGAUCGAGUGACCCUCUGACUACCUCGUCAAGCAGGCAAACUACCCCAACCUCGCGGCCUGGGACACCAACACCACCAACUACUAGGCAAGCGGGGCCCUCUCUGUUCGAUGUGACUAGCUCCAGUCGGAAAUUUGACCGAGUAGUUACGUAUAAGCCCACAGGUUAUGAAACCCUAGCACAGAGUGGGGAACCAGGGGACAGCGUUGUCACUUACAAGCCAAAUUACACGCCGGACAAACCAUCGACUAAAAAGCGACUGGGAGCUGUAACCGUCGCAGGACCGAAACUGACGCCCCAGAAUAAACCUUAUCCUGCAUCAGGAGAAGUUUCUAUCAUCGAGGCGCUGAAUGAGUGCAACGCCAUAAACGUGUAUCUUCCGAUCAAAGGUAGCAGACGAUGGUGUAUAAAUAACUGUUCGAAGGGGUUCUGUCCGGAAUUUCUUUGCAACGAGUGGUGUGUGGCCAUGAAAAUAUCAUACAGCACCAAAUACCGUCGAAAACCAUAA